AUGGAUGUGUAUCCCCGCGCUGAUGGCGAGGGCCAAGAGGCGGUUUAUGAAUCCUACUUUGAGGAACUUCAACAAGAAUUCGACGACCAGUCCGUGCUCUGUCUCGUACGGGUCGCUGUUCAAUUUGCCACAGGGCAAUCAACACUCGAGCAGUAUCUCGAUGAUAUCCUUGCCCACUUGCGAAAGGACGGUCCACGGCAUGCCUACGACGUCCCAAGUCCAUUUGGCGAGUUCUACUUGGAGCUUGACUUGAUUGGGGGUGCUGUGAAAGCACGCAUGUUCACUCCGGGGUUCGUCCCACUCUCUGAACAAGAGUGGGGUAUUCUCAGAAAAGCAGCUCAUCUCGCUUACACGACAGGCAACCCUGUCGAAUUUGAUCGAAAAAGUCAGGAUGAGAGUCUGGAGCUGUCCAGACUCUCCCCUGAAAGUGUGGACAUUCUGGCCAUUAUUUGCUAUGCCCGCAGGCACGUGAAACUUCUCCCCCAUUUGCUUGGCAUGUUCCCGGCCGUUCCGGAAUCGACGACAUUUGAUGCAUUCGAUACGGUAGUGCUCGAGCCUCGGUUAAAUCCGUAUCUCGGACGCUGGGGGCAUUCGAAAAUGGGAAGAAUGGAGUACAUUACAAUCGAGGCGCAGCUGUGGACUGCUAUCUUGAAUGCGGGCUGGAUCCACGAUGCUGCCAUACAGGAGAUCGGCUACAGGCUGCACCGCGAGCUAUACCCUUCCUGCAGGGCUGGAGAGGACGGCAUUCCUUUUGGAACACCCGUUUUCUUCGACUGGAUCCAGGCGGUUGCCAACCGUCUCCGUCCUUACGUGGACUUCGUGGGAACUCUGUUGAUAUGUUGUAGAACGUUAGAGGAGGCUCGGGACGUGGUCGCUGUCUUUCCCCUCGACAAGAUAUACAACCUCGACAACAUGCGCAAGGAGCGAGAAGCAGGUUCCCCUCUAGUGCGAUCAGGCGAUAUACCAGUUCUCAUUGCCGAGUCCAAUGUCCAAGAUGAGGCCCUGAAGAUCGACAUCCUACAGCUAGUGUUGGACUGGUAUCAAGAUGUGGACCUGAAUGGCACAAUGGACCGGUGGGAAGAGUGCAGCCACAUGACUUACUUCACGGCCCUCCACAGAGCAGCGCAGCGGGGAGAUGAAGCCCUCGCCCGAUUCCUUGUCGAGAAGGGCGCUCGGGUUGACAAGGUUGAGCGACUCUCCGGCUUGACGGCGAGCGGGUUCGCGAGAAGGGAGGGCCAUGAAGCUCUAGCAGUGUGGCUUGAAAACCAACCGACGGCGCACGACGGAUAA